UUCGGGGAGCGGACGCUACACAUUUCCCGCGCUUUCCUACGUCACGCUGACAUCGGCGGCAUUGCGUUCGGAAACUUGUAACCGUAUAUUUCUUGUGUUAUUUUUGUGAUUUAUAAGUGUUUGGUGCAAACGCGUCGAUUUUGAGGAUUGUUGAGAUGGAGGCGAAGGUGAAGGAAGAAGUCCCUGAUAAGGAUUACAAUCAACCAACAACAACAGAAAGGAGAAAAUCGACCACAUCAGGCAAGGAGCGUAGAUCCCCAGAGCACGAGGAGCCCAGGUCUUCUCCAACACCUGGGCCACCGAGCCCGACCCCUCAGAACAACGGUACCACGGCCGCGCUCUCGUCCACGGAGUCCCUGUCCCCUCCCCUCCCAGAGGGCUCCCGCGGCGCUCCCGCGCUGCAGCGGCUACGCAAGUUCCUCUCAGCGCUGCAGCAGUUUGCAACAGACGUUGGUGCUGAUACUGGAGAGCGUGUCCGCCAGCUGAUAUUUAAUUUGGUGGCGGGAGUAGUAACAGUGGAGGAGUUCCAAUCAGGAGUACAGGAGUGCACGAACUAUCCCUUACGCGCAAGCGUGCCGGGCUUCCUGCGGGCACUGUUGCCCCUAGCCCAGAGAGACCUGCACGCGAGGGCUAGGCGAGGGAAACUGACUCCUCUCCAGUACAUUAGGUCACACGAACACCUAAUACUAGAAGCUAGCGGGGAAGGUGACAUCUUCGCACAGCAAGGCUCCGCCGAGCCGGGGGCGAAGCGCCGUGCUAGCGAUCCGUUCUACGAGGCCCAAACGAACGGCGCUCACGACGACUACCCCCCACACGCGAAGCGGCCGAGCUUCUUCAACCCCUCCCCCUUCUACCCCCUGCCCAGUAACGCCAGCCUGUUCGACUACCACCCCUACCAUUCGUACCACCCGGGGCAGGAGCCGGGCUUCGAGAGACGUGAUGGUGGUAUAGCGGUGCGCGACGUGUCAUCGAUGAACAGCAGCUUCACAGAGCCGCGGCCAGCCGGCCUGGUGAAGAACGAUGAUGAGUGGAAGAACAUCAACACGAUGCUCAACUGCAUCCUCAGUAUGGUGGAGAAGACGAAGCGGGCUCUAGCCAUACUGCAGCAGAGGAGUUCAGGCGUGGAGCCCGCAGACAACACAGACAUAAAACGUGUAGCGAGCGAAAUAAUGGCUGCCGCAGUACGACAGACUGAGGAGCGGGUGGCGGAUGUCAGAAGGCGGGCUGAGGAUGCUGUGAACCAGGUGAAGCGGCAAGCGCUGCUAGAGCUGCAGCGGGCAGUGGGCGCCGCGGAGAGCAAGCUGGAGCUGGGGGAGCGCGCGCCCGACGCCGCGCCCGAGCCCAGCGGCGCCCCCGCGCAACAGAACUGUUGCUGGAACUGCGGGCGCAAAGCGCAGGAGACGUGCUCGGGCUGCGGCGCCGCGCGCUACUGUGGCGCCUUCUGCCAGCACAAGGACUGGGAGAACCACCACCAGAUGUGCAGCGGCCGCGAUCAAAAGCCGACCGCCAUGUUGCGUUCCUCUCCGCCCGCGUCCACCACCAUCCCCAAAACCCUCCCGCGCGCCACCACCCCCAUCGCCACGCAGCCCGCAGACAACAGACUCACUAUCACGACCAUAAACUCGGACAGACUAAUUACCAACAAUCUGGGGAACGACAGAAUAGCGCUGGCAACACUCACCACGCAGGGCCUCAUGGCGAUUGGCGGGAAGAAAUGACGCAAUAGGGAAUGCGUAGGGAACGUCAGGUUACCAAGAAAGUUGAAAAAGUAAUUCCAUUUUCAAAUUCGCAUAUCUUUUUUCCAUAAUGCUAAGUAAUUCUUUUUCGAUUUUGCGUUAGCUAUAUUUU